CAACGUCGGACAGAACGAGGGGACGCAACGGAGGCAGGCCGGAGCCGCUGCCGUCGCCAUGACCCGCGGUAACCAGCGCGAGCUCGCCCGCCAGAAGAAUAUGAAAAAGCAGAGCGACUCGGUUAAGGGAAAGCGCCGAGAUGACGGGCUUUCUGCUGCCGCCCGCAAGCAGAGUGCCCCAUCAUCUCUACCCCCAGGGACUCGGAGAUCAUGCAGCAGAAGCAGAAAAAGGCAAACGAGAAGAAGGAGGAACCCAAGUAGCUUUGUGGCUUCGUGUCCAACCCUCUUGCCCUUCGCCUGUGUGCCUGGAGCCAGUCCCACCACGCUCGCGUUUUCUCCUGUAGUGCUCACAGGUCCCAGCACCGAUGGCAUUCCCUUUGCCCUGAGUCUGCAGCGGGUCCCUUUUGUGCUUCCUUCCCCUCAGGUAGCCUCUCUCCCCCUGGGCCACGCCUGGGGGUGAGGGGGUUACCACUUCCCAGUGUUUUUUAUUCCUGUGGGGCUCACCCCAAAGUAUUAAAAGUAGCUUUGUAAUUUC